CUUUUGAUACAAUCCCAAGUCUCGGAGAGAGCGCAUCUUACAGAAGGGGUGGUGAAAUCAAGUGAAGAAGAAGAAGAAGAACACAAAGGUUUGAUCAGCUAUGGUGGUGACUCAUCGUUUCACUCUACUACUUGUUCUCGUCGUUAUCGGGAUCUCCUUCUCCUCCUCGUUUUCUCAGCAGGUACGCGCGACCAAUCUCAGGAUCCAAUCAUUCUCUUCUGAUCUUGCAACGUUGCAAGCUCAAAUUGGCUACAAGUUUAACAACACCAACCUUCUACGCCGUGCUAUGACUCAUGCUUCUUUCUCUCAAGAGAACAACAAAGCCUUGAGUAUCUUUGGAACCCAUAUCAUUGAAACUUCUGUCUCUCUUCGCUAUCUCACCGAAGAUAUCGAUGCCUCCUCGAAAGCUCUGAGCCGUUUGGUAGCACAGGUUUCAAAUGUGGAGUCCUCGUGUGCUCUUGACGGAGGACGGUUGGGUUUGGGGAAAAUAAUCAGGGUUUCCCCUAAGACAGAUGCGUCGAACUCGGCUAUUCUUUGUACUGGCUUUAGGGCAAUCUUUGGAGCUAUUGCUGUUGAUGCUGAAACGGUUGAUAAGGCCAUCAAUGUUUUCUGGAAAGUACAUGGAGAUCGAGCUGGAAGACUAGUGUCUAUGUUGUGAAUUAUGAUUCUCCAUUUGCUUAGAAUUAUAUGGUAAUCGUUUGGUUUGAUGUUAAUUAGUAGGUGAUGAUGUUAUGAUGAUGUUAAGGGAUUAACUUAAACCGAUAUGGAUAUGGUUUUAUUACUUUGGUAGCUAUUUAUUUUUCUUUUCA